AUGUCCCGCCCGACUCUGCUCUCCUCCUCUCUGCUGCUGCUGGGGCUGACGCUCCUCUGCGCGGAGGCCACCUACUACCGCCACCACCGCUACAUCCCGCACUUCUUCCGCUACCGAGAGCCCACCUCUAACCACCUGCCAGAGAUCUACCACCCGGCGCCCCGCGUGCCGGCGCACCCCCAGAUCCCCGAGGUCAUCCACCCGGCGCCCGAGGUCAUCCACCCGGUGCCCGAGGUCGUGCACCCCGCACCUGAGCCCCACCAGCCGCCGGAGGUGCAUCACCCCGCGCCAGAGGAACCGGCCCCGGUGGUUCCGAACCGAGUGUUUUACGGGGUCAUGUUUGACGCCGGGAGCUCCGGAACCAGAAUCCACAUUUAUAAAUUCAUCCAGAAAGAUCCAGUUGAGCUGCCCGUGCUGGAUCACGAAAUGUACCACGCAGUGAAACCGGGACUGUCUGAGUACAGAGAUAACCCCGAGGAGGGUGGAAACACCAUCCGGCAGCUGCUGAAGAUCGCCAAGAAGACGGUGCCAGAGGAAGAGUGGAAGAGGACCCCGGUGGUCCUGAAGGCCACGGCGGGGCUCCGGAUGCUGCCGGAAGACAAGGCCAACGGCCUCCUGCAGGAGGUGCGGGAGGUUUUCGACGAGUCCCCCUUCUACGUUCCGGCAAACAGCGUCUCCAUCAUGAACGGAACAAAUGAAGGAGUGCUGGCCUGGGUCACAGUCAACUUCCUCACAGGUCAUCUAUAUUCCAACACCAGGAGAACUGUGGGGACCCUGGAUUUGGGCGGAGGCUCCACACAAAUCUCUUUCCUCCCCAAGUCGAAGAAAACAGUCCAGAUGGCUCCCAAAAGCUACAUCGCCAACUUCAACCUCUUCAACAACACAUACCAGCUCUACACACACAGUUACUUAGGCAACGGGAUCCUGGCUGCUCGCCUGGCUACACUCGGCGCCCGAGACUCUGACGACCUCGACUGGAGGGUCUUCACCAGCUCUUGCCUUCCCAAGAAAUUCAAAGGCGACUUCACUUUCGGAGGCCUGACCUACCAUGUCAGCGGAUUCCCUGACGGCUACGCCGGGUACAAACUCUGCUACUACGAGGUGAUGAAGGUCAUCAAAGGCAUCGUGCACCAACCGUACGAGGUGAAAGGCAGCAGCGUCUUCUACGCGUUCUCCUACUAUUUCGACCGCGCCGCCGAGUCCGGCCUGAUCGAUAAUAACCGAGGUGGUGCGGUCCAGGUCCGAGAUUUCAAGAACAAAGCCAAAGAAGUUUGCAACAAGAUGACCAAGUACCGGGCGGUGAGUCCGUACCUGUGCAUGGACAUGGUCUACAUCACCUGCCUGCUCAAGGAAGGCUUUGGCUUCAAGGACAACACGGUACUGCAGCUGGCUAAGAAAGUGAACAAUGUGGAGACCAGCUGGGCUCUAGGCGCCACCUUCGACUACUUCAGAGACCUGAACAUCCACUAGAGCGUGGCUCAGUGUGCAGGCAGUCAGCACUGAGCCCCACCGCCCCCCACCCCACCUCCCGAACACACCAGGAACUGUAGAGAGGCAACCACUGGGUUGUUUCCAGGUUUCUACUGUACGUCCGGCUGAAAUGUGGAUCUUGUUUACGUCUUCUUAAACCAUCUGAGGUGGACUUCUUCUAGACCAGAAAUGACCCCGGAAGGUUCCUUUGAACCAAACACUCGUAGCUGGAACUGGUGCUUCAUCAUCCUCAUCCUCCUCCACACACACUUCACACUCACCCGUCGACUCCAUCAUCACAUUCCUGUUGUCCUCAUGUGAACUGUACAAAUAUUUAAUUGUUAAUGUAUUAUAAUGAUGAGUGCCUGUUUCAUAACUACUGCUGUAUAUACUGUAAACCUCCGCCGCUAUAAAUACGCCGAGCAACGCUCCGCAGCUCAGUCGAGCCUCCGUUUCUAAGCGCCUGACUUUGUACAUUGAUGUCAUUUGUUGUGCUGCUUUUGUACACUCCUCGUAUGUUUCGGAAUAA